AUGAAUAAAGAGCACCCUAGAAUACUUAUUCCAGAGUUAUUAAAGCAAUUUUAUAAUCUUGGUUGGGUCACAGGCACUGGUGGAGGAAUCAGUAUCAAAUAUGGACCACGUAUAUAUAUUGCACCUUCUGGAGUUCAAAAAGAAAGGAUAGAGGCUGAUGAUCUUUUUGUACAAGAUAUAGAUGGAAAUGAUUUAGAAAUUCCUAGUUCUAGUAAGAAAUUGAAAAAAAGCCAAUGCACUCCACUUUUUAUGUGUGCCUACAGAGCCAGAGGUGCUGGAGCAGUUAUACAUACACAUUCAAAAGCUGCUGUCAUGGCUUCUUUACUAUAUACUGGAAAGGAAUUUGCUAUCACGCACAUUGAAAUGAUAAAAGGAAUAAAAAAUCAGGAUUUAAAAAGAUGCUAUAAUUACAAUGAAAAAUUAAUUGUUCCAAUAAUUGAAAACACCCCAUUUGAAGAAGAUCUUACUGAAAGUCUAGCCAAGGCAAUCGCUGAAUAUCCUGCAACAACUGCUGUGCUUGUAAGAAGACAUGGUGUUUAUGUAUGGGGAGAUACAUGGGAAAGUGCUAAAACUCAGUGUGAGUGUUAUGAUUAUUUGUUUGACAUAGCAGUUAAGAUGAAGCUCCAUGGUCUUGAUCCAACUGUUGGAGAACCUGAAGAGAAUGGUUCUAUGCUGUAA